AUGACUACUGGUCGCUGCAAGCGAAAAUCCCAAUUGAACCGACAGUGGUUGGUCCACAACGACCGCAUUCGCACGUGUUGCAAUGAGAAAGACGAGAUAUUGAUAUGCUCACCUCGGCAGUUUGCGGGAUCUGGUAGAGUUCUCGUACUCGCAAGAGCACCAGUUUCCAUUGGAAGUACGAGCAUAUUCGUUGUCACCCGUACGAGUGUGGUUGCAUAUAAUUCUCAAAUAAAACCAGUUCUUGAAGCCAAAAUGCCGCUUGACCAGACAGCGGAGAGAUGCGCAUGGACAGCUCAAAGUGUCAAACUGGCGAGCAUCUUCAGAUACAACGAUCAGGCCAAUUGGUGGCUAGUACCAGUUUUCGCCGUGCUGGCACGUGGUGUCAAGCACUGGAGGCUUGAAAAGCGGCUUGAGACAAAUGCUGCUGCUGAGCACCUGCAACGAACCACGCGGCCUCUCGGGUUCGAGUGCGGCCAGCCUCUUUUCGAUUUGGCAGACCACGAACCUUGGGCUGGAGGCGAACCACAGGCAGCGGCAGAGGAGGGCCGCCGCCGCGGCUUCAAAACUUGGAUUGCAAACACUUUCGGGAGAUUGUUGGCGCAGGACGUUUCGACGCACAGGCCACUUGCUGAUGUUGUGACAGGUCAACGCAGAAAGAAUGCUGUCGGCAGUCAAGAAAGGCAACGAGUCAAUGUCAUCUGCGACGAUGUAUGA